AUGAAGCUAGUUUAUUGGAAUAUUCGCGGUAUUGGUAAUUCCGAUACACGUACGGAGCUUUCUAAUGUUUGCCACUCUCAUCAUCCUGACUUGGUUUGCAUCUCUGAACCUAUGGUUACUUUUGAUUCUAUUCCUUCUGCUUAUUGGAAUUCAUUAGGUAUCUCUUUACUUACUAUCAAUAACAGGGAUGAUUUAUUGCCUAAUAUUUGGGUUUUGUACUCUACGGAAUAUUGUUCUCCUACUGUGAUUUCUUCUUCAGGGCAACAAGUUACUUUUCAGACUUCUUUUGAGGGUGUUCUUUCUCAGUUUACUAUUGUUUAUGCGGCUACUACCUCGACUCUUCGUCGUGUUUUAUGGUGUGACCUCUUAAAUAUCCGUUCUAAUACUACAAUGCCGUGGAUGGCAAUUGGUGACUUUAAUGCUAUCCUUGGAGCGCAUGAGCAAAUGGGUGGUCACUUGCCUGCUCGAACUUCAUGUGAGGACUUUCGCAGUACUACUGAGCUUUGUGACUUUACUCAUAUGGAUACUACUGGUGCUUUUUACACUUGGACUAAUGGUUGGAAUGUCCGUGGUUACAUGGAGAGGCGUCUUGACCGCUCUCUUUGUGACACACGUUGGUUACAUUCUUGGCCUUAUACUAGUUGUUGUGCUUUACCCAGGGUCGUUUCUGAUCAUAAUUGUCUAGUUUUCUCGGCUUCUGCUAUUCAUCUUGGAGGUCCGCGACCUUUUCGGUUUCAGUCCAUGUGGACUUUACAUUCAGAAUUUUCUGGUUUGGUUGCUAAGUGUUGGCAAUCAACUGUUGUCUAUGGGUGUCCCAUGUUUGUUAUGUUGGAAAAGCUUAAGGCCCUUAAGCGCUGUCUUCGAGUUUGGAACUCUAAUGUUUUUGGCGAUGUCCAUAGAAAUGUCACUUUUGCUAAAGAAAGACUUCAGAAUAUCCAAAAUAGUAUUUCUUCUGAUGGGAAUUCGCGCAAGAGAAGUUUAAUGAGGAAGUUGUGGCUAAGACGGCUGUCCUCGAUGCUCUUCAGAUGCAAGAAGCUUUUUGGCAUGACCGUGCUCGAGUUAAAUGGCUCACUGAGGGUGAUCGUAAUACCGCUUUUUUCCAUGCUUAUGCUCGAGUCUUUAUAUAAUUCUUCGUUCACCCCAACUGGAAUUGAGGAUGUUUGUGGUGUAAUACCACCUAUGGUUAGUGAAGAGGAAAAUCUUUCUCUUUCUUGUUUACCUUCAGCAGAUGAAAUUAGAAGUGUUGUCUUUUCUAUGGAUCCUUCGAGUGCUCCGGGACCUGAUGGUUUUCCUAGUUCCUUUUAUCAGUCAUGCUGGGAUAUUGUUGGUUUAGAUGUGAUUGCUUUUGUACAAGAUUUUUUUAAGCGUGGAUGGCUUUAUCCCAAUGCCAAUUGCAAUUUUGUGGUGCUUAUCCCUAAAGUAGAAGGUGUUGCCACAAUUGCUCAGUAUCGGCCCAUUGCUCUUGCUAACUUUCUGUUCAAAAUUAUCCCCAAGAUUCUUUCUGAUCGGCUCAGCCCAAUUGCCACUCGCAUUAUUUCUCCUCAACAAACGACAUUUUUGAAAGGUAGACGUAUUUCUGAUUGCAUUGGGCUAGUUUCAGAAGGGUUCAAUUUUAUGGACAAAAAGGCUUUUGGAGGUAAUGUAGGCAUAAAAGUCGACAUCGCUAAAGCUUUUGAUACUUUGAACUGGGAUUUUCUUCUCCAUGUGCUUUCUAGUUUUGGUUUUUCUAGUAUCUUUGUGGAUUGGGUGCGGGUUUUAUUACAGUCAGCUCGCCUUUCAAUUCUGGUAAAUGGCACACCGCAUGGGUUUUUCUCUUGCUCCCGAGGGGAUUACUUCUAUUUCAGCUCCGCGAGGUUGUUGCCCUCCUACUCAUGUGUUAUAUGCUGA